CCGGCGCGGCCAUGGCGGUGCACUACUGCGCGCUGUGCCGCCGCACCUCCUUCGCCGGCCGCCGCCACCUGUACGGCGCCGCGCACCGGCGGCGGCUGCGGGAGGCGCUGGGCCGGCUGCAGGAGGAGGUGGCGGCGGCGCGGGCGGCGCUGGGCGGCGCGGCCGUGCGGCGGUACGAGCCGGCGGAGCACGAGCGGCGCGUCUGGUGCCUGUGCUGCGGCCGCGCCGUGCGGCGGGACUGGCGGCGCGGAGGGCUGGCGCUGCCGCAGGCCGGGCUCCUGCACCACCUGGCCGGCCCCGAGCACCGCCGGGAGACGGCGCGGUUCUGGCGGGAGAACCGCGCGGAGGCGGCGCUGCGGGAGCGGUUCCUGGUGUCGCCGGAGGACUACGGGCGCUUCGCGGCGGCGCUGGCGCAGGCCCUGGGCGCCUACGAGGAGCGGGAGGAGGAGCGCAUCCGCCAGAUGGCGGCCGGCAUCCGGGAGGCGGAGCGCAGGCAGCGGGAGACCGUGCAGGCCGCCCUCGAGCCUCACACAGAGCCAGAACUUUGUGCGGGACCUUCUGUCUGCAGCUCCACCGCAGCACCCACAAGCAAGCAACAUACGCACAGAAAGAUUAUUCUCUCAUCCACAAAGAGGGAUUCCUCUCAUAAUGCUGAGCAGCCUGGCCCAAGCGGUAUGCAGACAGGACCCGAUUUAAAUUGGAUGGAAUCAGGCCAGGCUUUGACCUUCAUUGGCCACCAGGAAACAGAAGGGAAAGGAAAUGUUCACACAGGUGCAAAACCUCCCUGGCUGACAGAGGAAGACGAAGGGGAUGGAAGUGAACAACAAAUUGGACCUUCAUAUGAAGAAUUUCUAAGGCAAAAGGAUAAGCAGAAAUUGAAAAAGCUCCCAGCAGACCGCGUUGGUGCCAAUUUUGACCAUACCUCUCAGACAGGCGACAGCUGGCUUCCUUCCUUUGGACGGGUUUGGAAUCACGGCAGGAGGUGGCAGUCCAGGCAUCAGUUUAGAGCUGAAUCAGGGGAAAAGAAGAAGAAAAGGUGAUGAGAAGAGGACCACAGAAGAAACCAAGCUCUGACCUUUGUAGAAAAGUAGACUCUAGUUAGCUGUAGCUUUGCCAGCGCCAUGUUUGACAUACAUCUAGAUGCCUUCAGUCCCCUGGAAGGUGGCCUGACCACAGAAUAACACUACGAGCUGAGCACUGUUGCUGAAAGCUACUUUGCAAGGGGCUGUUGCAGCAGAUUCACUCCCCCCUGUAAAGGACAUACUGUGUAUGAUUGAUUUCUGAAGUCAUAGACUACACAAAGACAGCUAUGCCAUGUCUUCAUAAUCAGAAAGCUCAGCUUACACAGUGUACACUGCACGUAGCGUGACAUCUCUCUAUUUCUCAAAAGCUUAGUUUAAAUAAAGUUUUUUAAAAAAAGUCCUGUUAGUAGACCAACUGAAAUUCAUUUGGGAUACAGGGCUACUGCUUAUAGCAACUGCUGUCCUAUGCCUGUUUUCAUUUAACUUUUUGUGACUUUAACACUUUAUAGCUUUCAGAGAAAGGAAAAAUCCAGUUCUGCCUCAUGUCAAGGGCAACUGUAAUUAGUCCUCAGUAGAAGAAAGGCUGCCUCAAAAACUUUCGCUAUGGGUAGUUAUUCCUUCUAAUUUAAAGAAAAUACUUUUACUUUAUUUAGGGUUCCUUACCUACGCUUCCCCUGGCCUGAUAAGGCUGUUCCCUUGUAGAGAAACACGUGGUCAUGGCUUGUUAGAGGGAGUUUAAGUAAAUAAUUAAAAUGCCGUACUACCCCCUUUCUUAUCUACAGUGCAAGAAAUGGUCUUCAAUUUUCCUCUCACUAAAACUGUAUAUUACUUGCAUCACCUACAGCAGCUAUUGAUGUUAAAAGUUCUUUCCCUUUUCCCACCAUAAAAGAAUUUCUAUGG